GUGCUGCGAUCGCCGCAUAUCACCCUCUGUUUGCUAAGCUGCUACGGGAAAGUGGGUGUUGAGGAGAGAUGCGGUCGCUAACCUGAGAAGAAUAGCACACCUGGCGAAUCAGCGGCCCACUUUAAAAUCGCAACCAUGUUCGGCCGGUCACGGAGCUGGGUUGGAGGACAAGGAAAAUCGAAAAACAUCCAUUCGCUGGACCAUUUGAAAUAUAUGUACCAUGUUCUGACCAAAAACACCACCGUGACGGACCACAACAGAAACCUCCUGGUGGAGACCAUCCGAUCCAUUACAGAGAUCCUCAUCUGGGGAGACCAGAAUGACAGCUCUGUGUUUGACUUCUUCCUGGAGAAGAACAUGUUUGCCUUCUUCUUGAACAUCUUGCGUCAAAAGUCUGGGCGAUAUGUGUGUGUCCAGCUCCUCCAGACCCUCAACAUACUGUUUGAAAACAUCAGCCACGAGACGUCCCUGUAUUAUCUCCUGUCAAACAACCACGUCAACUCCAUCAUUGUCCAUAAGUUUGAUUUCUCGGACGAGGAGAUCAUGGCUUACUACAUCUCCUUCCUCAAGACGCUGUCGCUGAAACUCAACAACCACACCGUGCACUUCUUCUACAAUGAGCACACUAAUGACUUUGCCCUGUACACCGAGGCCAUUAAGUUUUUCAACCACCCUGAAAGCAUGGUCCGCAUCGCAGUCCGCACCAUCACACUCAACGUCUACAAAGUCUCAUUGGACAACCAGCACAUGCUGCACUACAUCCGGGAUAAGACGGCCGUGCCGUACUUCAGCAACCUGGUGUGGUUCAUCGGCAGCCACGUCAUUGAAUUGGACAAAUGUGUGCAGACGGAUGAGGAGCAUAAGAACAGAGGAAAGUUGAGCGACCUGGUGGCAGAGCACCUCGACCAUCUCCACUAUCUCAACGACAUCCUCAUCAUCAACUGUGAAUUCCUCAAUGACGUUUUAACCGACCACCUCCUCAACCGCCUCUUCCUGCCCCUCUAUGUCUACUCUUUGGUUAGUCCCGAAACGUCUGAAGAGCGCAAGAUCAACCCUCAGGUCUCUCUCUACCUGCUGUCUCAAGUGUUUCUGAUCAUCCACUAUCAGCCCCUGGUCAACGCCCUGGCUGAUGUUAUCUUCAAUGGAGACCUGUCUGUCUUCACCCCACCGACAGACGUGCACAACACCCUCAAGAACACGGCCAGUGCAGGAGGCGUGCGUCGCUUCGUCAAGCCCCCCGAGUCUCUGGAGCGCUCCCUGGAGCUGUCCCGCCACCGCGGCCGCAAGAGGACGCAGAAGAGGCCGAACUACAAGAACCUGGGCGAGGAGGAGGACGAGGAAAGAGCCGGGACGGCGAGCGGCGGCGGCGGCGGCGGCGGAGGAGGAGGACUUGAGGAGGGCUGGGAUGAGGACGGCAGCAGAGGAGAGAGGGAGGGAUGUCGAGAGAGGGAGAAGGGAAAAGGUACAGAGGGAAUAGGUGGAGGAGGAGGAGGUGGGAGUUCUAAGGGAAGCAGAGCGAGUGGGGAGACGGCGGAAGAAAUAGAGAUGGUGGUGAUGGAGAAGUGCAAAGUGUCUGAGUUGACCGAGCAGAACAUCACGGACGAGGAGAAGACCGCUGCAGCCACUCGCACACACACACAGAGGAGCAGACCCUUUUUAGACAUGGUGUACAGCGCCCUGGACUGCGCCGACGACGACUACCACGCCCUGUUCGUCCUCUGUCUGCUCUAUGCCGUCUCACACAGUAAAGGCAUAAACUGUGAUCUUCUGGAGCGCCUGCAGCUGCCAGUUCCAGACCAAGAGAGGAGCUCCUACAGCCUGGUGCUCGUAGAAAGACUAAUCCGGGUUAUGAACCAGGCCGCGCAACCAGAUGGGAAAGUGCGUCUUGCCACCCUUGAGCUGAGCUGCCUCUUGCUGAAGCAGUCGGUGCUGUCAGGGAGCCACUGCAUUAUCAAAGAUGUUCAUCUCGCAUGCCUGGAGGGUGCCAGAGAGGAAAGUCUGCAUUUACUACGGAGAUUCUACAAAGGGGAGGAAAUCUUUCUGGACAUGUUUGAAGACGAAUACAGGAGUAUGACGAAUAAACCCCUGAAUGUGGAAUAUCUAAUGAUGGACGCCUCCAUACUGCUGCCACCCACCGGGACCCCUCUGACCGGCAUCGACUUUGUCAAGAGGCUGCCGUGUGGAGACGUGGAGAAGACGCGCAGGGCUAUUCGAGUGUUCUUCAUGCUGCGGUCCUUAUCGCUCCAGCUUCAGGGAGAACCAGAGACUCAGCUCCCUCUGACCAGACCCGAAGACCUCAUUAAGACAGACGACGUUCUGGACCUCAAUAACAGCGACCUAAUCGCCUGCAUGGUGGUCAGCAAGGACGGCGGCCAAGCCCAGCGCUUUCUGGCCGUCGACGUGUACCAGAUGAGCCUGGUUGAACCGGAAACGAAGCGUCUCGGAUGGGGCGUCGUCAAGUUCGCCGGCCUCCUGCAAGACAUGCAGGUGUCUGGCGUUGAGGACGACAGCCGAGCGCUGAACAUCGUGAUCCACAAGCCCAGCUCCAACCCGCACGCCAAGCCCCUGCCCAUCCUGCAGGCCAACUUCAUCUUUGCCGACCACAUCCGCUGCAUCAUCGCCAAGCAGAGGCUGGCCAAAGGUCGCAUCCAGGCACGCCGCAUGAAAAUGCAGAGGAUUGCCGCUUUGCUGGACCUGCCUGUGCAGCCCAGCGCGACGGAGGUGUUGGGUUUCGGCCAGACGGCCAACGCUUCGCCCAGCGGCCUGCCGUUCCGCUUUUACGAGCAGUCGAGGCGGGCGCCCAACGACCCCACGGCCAACAGAUCGGUCUUCGCCUCGGUGGACAAAGUACCAGGUUUCGCGGUGGCUCACUGUGUGUCGCAGCACAGCCCCUCCCCCCUCUCCUCGCCCUCGCCGCCGUCCAGCGGGAGCGGGAGCACGGGACGAUGCGACUCUGUUACUGCGAGCACCAUAUCCGCUCAGAGCCCUACGGAUGACGGCACCUUCUUGGAGCACACUCCGCCUUCGUCUUCGGGCGGGGAGAGCGAAGGAGGAGGUGCGGGAGUAACCGUCGUCUCCUCUACUCCUUCAACCCCAGUGUCGGCCCCGGCGCUGGCCCCCAGCCUCACGCCGGCCUCCCAGCCCACCAUCUCCCUGCUGACAGACAGCAGCGCAGACGCCCUGAGCGUGGAGUCGCUCACGCUGCUGCCGCCCGCCGACUCGCCGCACCUCCACCCCUGCACCGGCCACGUCGGCGUAGCCCCCUCUCUCCAGAGGCCGGACGCCUCCAUCAUCGAGGAGGAGGAGGAGGAGGAGGAGGAGGCUCAGAGAGAAGAGGAAGAAGCCGACUCGCCGCUGGAUGAGACGGAGACGGAGACGGAUCCGACGGUCAAAGAGGAAACCACCGAGACGACGGAGCUGGUCACGCCCACCGACGAGGCUGCGGACGAGCCGGACGGCGACGCGGCGGAGGGUGAGCAGGCAGGCCAGGAGACGCCUGACGGAGGCGACACGGCCGCCGCCGACGUCGAGAGACACACUGAAUCCCCAGACUCACCAGAGCUGGAUUAGGAAGCACGAACACGUUCACCUUCAUGCACUGAUCUCACACGUACACAGUGUGGCAGAACAUCCCCACGUUCCGGCCUUUCAGGAAUGUGCGGCGUGAACAGUGGAAGAGGCUUCUGGAGGCGUCUCAGCGUUCCUGUUUGCACACGACAAAAGACUCUUUCUACUGGUGGAGGGAGGGAAACGUCCUGGAGCAGACGCUGGCCGGACUCGAGGGAGGCUCAAAGCACAUUUGGCUCUCUCUGUGCUCGGGGGGGGGCGGCGUGCUUUUUGGCACGCAUGCGUCAAGACGCGCAACCAGCAAAGUUUUUUACUCAUCCUGAUUGAUUGUGUGUCAGCUCAAAUACAAAGAUACACGCGACUCAUACUACUGCUGUGAGCUGCUCAUCCGUUUUCCGAAGAUCUAGUUUUUGUGUCUUACGCUCACUGAACAGGUUUCCACUGACGUUUCGCGGUGGUGGUCGCUGCUAUGCUAAUCACACGUGGUUAACAUACCGCGCACACACUGUCAAGAUUCACUUGCCUUUUUCACCGCUGCAUGUCGGGUGCGUCAGCAGUUACUGCCUCUUUUAAACUGCCAUGAGCAAAGUGUGAGUGCCCCUAAAUCCUCUUUCCAUUCUUGCUCUCUCCUCUAUAAAGUCUCCACCUAGUUGGUUUUUUUUUUUUCUUUUUUACUUACAUGCGUCUGAGAAACACGUGAAAGCAUCAAAAAGCAGGGUGCAGCGUUUGGCUUUAAAAAAAAAUAUUUUUUUAAAUUUUAUUCCCCAUGCUGGGCGCUUUAAUCAAACAUUUGGAUCAGUUCAUCCCAGGAUGCAACAUGACAGCGCAUCUUCAAAAACUGUUUAGGUGUUGCAUUUUCGAGAAACCAACGUCCCAACCAACCAUCCCAUUCAAAUUGAUCAGUCGAAAACCCCACAGGAGGACAAAAGGCUCGUUAUUAGAAGUAAAGCUGCAGUCAGCAGAAUGAAUAAAUAAUAAAAUAAAUAACAGGACGGUUUUAAAAGGCAUAGUCACUUUAUGCAAUGAGAAUUGGUGCAUCUUAGAAGCCAGCCCAGCCUGUAACCACACAUGCUACUGAAAGGCUAAGUAUUUUUGAUAACAUUAGAAAGAUAAGAAGAUAUUUUUUUGCGAAUGAAGUCCGACGGGUUAUUAGAGUUAUAUGCCGUAUAUGUUACAGGCUGUGCAUUCAGAAAGAUUUGACCAUUUCGCGGUACGAAAUUCCAACACCUGCACUUCACCACAACCAACACCUGGGCUGAAUGUAUCUGCUGGUGGCACCUGACACACCGACGUCCCUUUUAUUCUCUGUGUGUGAGGUUUUUUUAAGUUUAGGUAGAUAAAUGCUCUGAAGUGAGGUUUCUUUUUGAUUUUUUUUUUCCAUUAAACUGCUUGUGAACCAUACAUUCCGAACUCCCCAGGAUAGAAAAGGUUAGGGAAUUAAAAAAAAAAACAAAAAAAAGCCUUCCAGAGAACAGUGAAAGUGUUCAGACGUCACCGGCGUGUAGACCAGCUGUUGUGGUUAAAACACACAAGAAAGGUGACGUGAAAAGUCCUCAGAAUUUUUUUUUUUUUUUCAGUGACAAUAUGCUGCUCCGAGGUCGCUGCCAAGAGCCACGCCUCUCCUCAGAUAAAUUUAUCAGAUAACGAAGCUUUAUACUGCAAUAAUCCUAAGAGCUAACCAAUGAGGGCGAGGGACGAAUGUAAACAGGAAACUCCCCUCUCGGCAGCCUUUGAUCCCAUUCAGUUUUAACAGGUUCAACAAAGCACUGCUGGUUUCUCUGGAGCAGAUUUUCCCGCUCUCCCCUCGUCUCUUUUGAAACCCCUCCUUCACGUAGUUUCUCCCCGCCGUGCCAUCUUCACACAGCUCAAGUCUUAACGCUCAAUCACUCUUAUUUUUUAAAAACACUGUACAGGCUUGAAAGAGUUUAUAAGUGAGAAAUUCAGAGCAAUACCGUUAGUUUUGAGUCUGUCUCUUUAAUAUUUCCGUCGUGCUUUUGUAAAUAGCAGCAGAAUGAUAGUGAUGAUCACUGACAUGCUGAAGAGGCUUGAAGAAGCCUCCACUAUUAAGUCUUUGAUUGUAGUGUGUUUGUAUUGCUAUGUAAAUGCUUUUGAAACCUGUAAUUAUUAUUAAUGACCUGAAACAGAGGAGAAAAUAAAGAACUGCAAUAAAUUAUUCUACUAUACAGCUG